AAAUAUACAUCGGGCAGAACUAGGGCUCUCAUUCUCAGUCACUCUCUCUCAGCCUUUCAGUCCAGCAUCGGCGAUUUGCGACGACAACGAUCUUGCGGCGGCAAUCUCCGUCGGCGAUUACAACGGUGGUUCUCUGACGUGGUAGAAAUGGGUAUUCGGGUAACGCACCUUGAGAUGGAUCUAACCCAACGAAUACCCGCCCCAAUUGCGAAGAACUGAACAGAGCCCAGUAGGGUUUCCUUUUCGCAAUUUGCAACUCAGAGAGAGUAGAGAAGAGAAGAGAAGAGAGAGAGAGUGUUCAUCUCCUUCAUUUCUUCGGGUAACGCUCUCUUCACCACCUCUCAGGUGACUUUCCAGCGACCCCUCCAAUCCGGUAAGAGUUCUUUCAAUUGCAUCAGAAAUUAGAAGCUACCAUCCCAUGGUUACAUCUAUAUGGCAAGUACAUAACAAAUAGGUUCCAUUCACCCCCUUUUCAUUCCAUGAGAAUUUUCACUAAUUACAAUACCAUGAAGUUCAUAACACUAGUUAAAACCAUUCGUCCCCGUCCUACUCUCCCUAAAAUAACCGGUCCUUUACAGUCUCGAUCAUUCCAACCUGACUUUGUUCCUAGAGAUCCCAAAGCGAGUCCCAAACGGUACAAAUAUCCCGCCUUCUACAACCCAUAUGGCCCUAGACCCCCACCUUCCGAUAAAAUCAUUCAGCUCGCUGAACGCAUUGCUUCCCUACCUAUCGAAGAGCGUGUUCAAAUUGGUCCAACUCUUAGGGAGAGACUCAAGCAUCCCAAGAUGCAACCGAUUUCAGUAGAAGGCAUGGAUGUGGGUCCUCAGGGAGUGCCGUCCACCACAAAUGCUGAGGAGAAGAAGGUAGAGAAAAUGGCGUUUGAUGUUAAGUUGGAGAAAUUUGACGCCACUGCGAAAAUCAAGGUCAUCAAAGAGGUUAGGGCUUUUACAAAUCUGGGAUUGAAGGAAGCGAAAGAUUUGGUGGAAAAAGCACCGGUUGUGCUCAAACAAGGAGUCACCAAGGAGGAGGCAAAUGACAUAAUCGAGAAGGUAAAGGCUGCCGGAGGAGUUGCCAUUAUGGAAUGAAAUUUUAUGCUUGUUUUUGUAGUUGCUGUGCUGUUCAGUUCCCAUUGAGGGGAAAAUGAAAAUAUCAGUUCUUCAAAAUUUCAAGUGUUCUAUGGAAUAAUUGAUUUGACACUUCGCAAUGCAUAUGAUUUGAAUGAAGUUUUGGUUAAAUAUUUCGAAGAA